UUAUUUCAAGUGUGUGUUUUUCAAAAAUCAAACUCGCCUAGGUAAAUGGUUUAUUACGUUAAUCAUUUACACAGAGAUAAUUACUAAAAUGUAUUAAUUUUAUACUUUUUUUCAAUUAAAUGAAAAUUGUAUUUGUUUGAAGGUGCCAUUUCAAUAGUCUUGAUUUAUCCAAGAUGAAGUUUUGGAAUUCCUUUGCAAAAGCAGGGACAUGGUCGGCAGCAUCAUAUGUGAUUAUUCAACGGGUCUUAGAUAUCGUGUCUAUACUCCUUCUAGACAACCUGCAACACGUCAUAAUCUGUCAAAUUAUUCCGUUCAUGACUAGCUGGACCAUAAUAUAUUUCGCAACUGCUUUCUGGAUGCUCUACGUUGCACGUCUGAUAACCGGAUCUCCCACAGGUCAUAUUCAUUUUCACGUCUUCACUACUGGCGGAAAGGGCCGGUCGUCGAGAAUAUUUGUCGAUAUCCGACUCCAUCAUGCAUGCCGUAUGUCUCGGGACUCUGGCCUUCUAUUUCUGGCUGCAGGAAUACGGCGUAGACGUGACAUCGUACAAUCUGAUACCGUUUAUCACUUUUAGAGCGUACAUUUGUAUGUUCACACUGGGAUACGGUCCAAUACCGGGCGUUAUGAUCGGAGAAGUAUUCAGUCCGGAACUCAAUUGUUUGGCGAUCGGCAUCGUGUGCUUGUGCGCUUCGCUCGUCCAGUUUUGCGUCGUCAAGACGUACCGAAUAUUGCUCGAUGUAGCUCGUGGUUACGAGCUCGCGGAAGUCGAAGCUUUCAAACGUCGUUUCGCCGCCGUUUUUCCGCCGUCGGGCGUUCUGGAAUCACUCAAGUCCCGCGAAGUCGCUGUCGCCGAAGCUCCUCGGACAAUUGACGAGCUCAUCGGUGCGCUCGAGGACGCCGUCCGGUCACUGUCGACCGAGUUCGCGGCAUAUACGUUUAACCACUUGCCAACAAACCAGGCACCGACAGUUCAUACGCAAACAAAUCGCGCGCCGCCAAUUCACACCUUUGCACAAACCCGUGCAGUCACCAAGUCGUGGUGUUAUACUACCACGUUCGAUUCGGCAAAGACUCGCGGAAGUGCUCAAGCGAGCUGUGUACGUUUUCUCCCUGCAAGAUAUUGACUCAAAAUAAAACAUUUAAGAAGUUAUGUACGUCUGCCAAACCAGCAAAACUUACCUGCCGGUACGAUACUUGGACAGAUUUUUAGUGUUUUCAGACCUUGUCAUAAAUCAGUGCAAACCACUACGCAUUAAAUCUUGAAAUUAUUGAUUGUCUAUGAAUUUAUUAUCAGAAUAGAAGAAAAAUACUUAAAAGAAUGAAAUGAACAAUUAAUAUUAGUUAAAAAUUAAAAUCAAAAAUACUUUUC